AUGGCUGCCAAGUCUUUACGUAUCGUUGCUGGGCCCGGAGUCUUGCGGCGCUGGGUCUUACUCCUCCUGCUCCUGCUGCUGCUGCCACUUCGAGGCCGGCCGCGGCCUAUCUCCAGGCCCCGGGGACUCCGUUUCAUUAACAGCAGCGCAGUUCUGAACAGUCACGAGGGACCUCACCUGCGCCUUGUCCCUGUCUCUCCUGCCUCAGCCUGCAGCCGCAGUUCCAUACAAGGAAGAGUCAGGGGGGGGCAGGAUGCCCCUGAGCAUAGGUGGCCGUGGCAGGUCAGCGUGCACUAUGGCGGAUUACAUGUCUGUGGCGGGUCCAUCCUUAAUGAGUACUGGAUCCUGUCGGCAGCCCACUGCUUCCAGAGAACGAAUCUCAAUGGAUACGAUGUGUUUGCAGGUCUCAUUAAGCUCAAUGCUGCAGGCCAACACACGCAGUGGUUCGAGUUGAAUAAGGUGAUCAUUCACCCUAUGUACAAAUUGCGUCAUCCUGUUGGCAGUGAUGUGGCUCUGGUGCAGUUGAAAAGUCCACUAGAGUUUUCUGACUCGGUGUUCCCAGUCUGCCUGGCAACUACACAGGUGACGGAUUGGAGGUUGAAUUGCUGGGCUAUCGGAUGGGGACUAAUCCAACCAAAAGGCACCCCUUCAGAGAUCCUGCAGGAGGCUCGGUUGCCUCUGAUUCCAAACAAUGUAUGUCGGUUACUGUAUGGAAACCCAUAUACUAUUCAGCGUGACAUGCUGUGUGCUGGGAACCCUAUCGGUGUGAAGACCGUUUGCGAGGGUGACUCUGGAGGCCCACUCGUCUGUGAAAUCAACCAAGUUUGGCAGCAAAUUGGAAUAACCAGCUGGGGCCGUGGUUGUUUACUGCCUUUGUUUCCUGGAGUUUUUGCCAAUGUCUCUUAUUUCUUUCCAUGGAUCGAAUCUGAGAUUAGAAAAGCACCCCUGCCUCUUCAGCCGGAGCCGGACUUGUGCGCUCCUCACAGAGCCGGCUGCUGUGUGCCCAUCAUCACACUGGCCUACCUGUCGCUCUCCUAA